CCAAUAAUCCAAGUGUCGAACAUCUCUCUCUCUCUCUCUCUCUCUCUCUCUCUCUCUCUCUCUCUCAAGCCCUCGAAGGUGUGCGCCCUUUUCAAAUUGAGUUGAAUCUGUUUGGCAGUAUCCGUUUGUUUGACUAGGUUUACCAUAACCUUCUCCACUAAGAUUCGCCUUUUUCUCAGGGGAAAGUCGGACAUUUACGUAAAGUGUCAAGAUAUGCCUUCGCCUGCGGAAGCAUUCAAAGCCGUGGACGGCAGCGGCCUAACAGUAGAGAGAUCCAUCCCUAUCGCGGUGCAUCCGGAAUACGAGAUGCCCGGAGGCUUCGUUUUCUUAACUAGCAUCGAUCAGGUGGCUCACAUAGUCGUGUCGACCGUUUAUUGCUUUGACAGAAGCGCCGAGAAUGCGGUAGAUGUGGUUAAACAAGCCCUGUCCCAAGUUUUGGUUCCCUACUAUCCACUUGCGGGGAGAUUAGCGAGAAGCUCCGAAGGGAAGUUGAUCGUUGAUUGCCAAAAGAAACUAGGGGUGCCAUUUGUGGAGGCAGUGGCCAACUGUGACCUCGACAGUCUUGGCGACAUGUCGAUUCUUCAUCCUGAUGUCUUGGGAAAGCUUGUUUAUAAAGAUCCUACGACACAAAAUAUGCCGGAAAUUGCUCCCCUUCUAACUGCACAGGUAACAAAGUUAAACAAUGGUGGUCUCAUUCUGGGGAUAGCUCUAAACCACUGUAUGUCUGAUGGUAUCUCCGCUAUAAAAUUCAUUAAUUCCUGGGCUGAAAUCGCAAGAGGCGAGCCCUUAUCGGUCGUCCCUUGUCACGACCGAACUAUUCUAAAGCCGAGGAUGCCUCCUCAAAUCCGCGGUCCUUACGAUGACUUUGUUCAACUAAGUGAUGUAUCAAACCUGACGGCCCUCUAUGAGAAGGAGCAAAUCGUGUACAGAUCUUUCCACUUUGACUCUGAGAAGCUGGCAGCAGUAAAAAGAAUGGCAACGGCUGGUGGACAGGUGAAGCGCAGCAUCACCAGCUUCGUAGCGCUCGCAGCCCUGGUGUGGCGAACUCGAAGCAUGGCCCUCAGGAUGAAACCGCACCAGCAAACGAUGCUCACUUUUCCGGUUGAUUUCAGGUCUAAGCUAAGCCCUCAGGUGCCUGACGGUUUCUUCGGAAAUGCUGUGGUCUUUCCAUGCUGUCUUUGCACCACGGGAGAGUUGAUUGAUGAGCCAAUCUCCUCAACCGUGGAGAGAAUAACUGAGGCGAUCGAGCGGGUGGAUGAGGACUAUGCGCGGUCGAGGAUCGAUUAUUUGGAUGCGUAUGGAUUUGAAGAGUUCGCCCUGGGCACGCUGCUAAUAAGUUCUUGGACUAAGCUGGAUUAUGGCAGCUCGGACUUCGGAUGGGGAGAGCCGAGGCAGUUCGGGACCGGUAGCCUGCCGGCAAAGUCCUGCCUGUUCAUGAGGGGGUGGAGAGAUAAGAAGGACGUUGUGGUCGUGUUGAGUCUGCCAUUUUCAGCCAUGAACACCUUCCAAGAGCUCCUCCAAGUUUAAGUUCACUAGCCACAGUCAAACAUCUUCAAGAGAGCUUGUUUAUGGUUCCAAUGUUGCUAUACGAAGCGAGAGUGGUGUGCAAAUUUUCUUUAUGAGUUGGUGUGACAAACUACAGGUGGAAUUUCUAAAUAAGUUGAAUGCGUUCAACACUUGAUGAAUGCCUUCCAUGUCAUCUAAUACCCAGUUUAUGUAAUGCAGUCUUAAUGCACCUUAUUACUUAUGUUUAUAAUUGAUGAUAUUGAAUGGGAUGAUCAGUAUGAAUUU